UAUAUAUCCCACAGUCAGAAUGAAAAUGUAAACAUAAAACACAGAUCGCAUAGGAACUAAUUAAAAUGAGCAUUCCAGCAAAACACUCUUCCCGUUAUUAAUCAUUCAGUAAACACAACAGAAGUCUUGUUUAAACGUGCUCACUAAACAAAACAAACAAACAAAAAAUCGCAACGAGUGUAUGACUUAAAUUAAUAUGCUGAAGCUUUAUUGACUGCUCACAAAACAGGGCAAAAUGCAGCUACCAGAAAACCUAACGAAACACUUAAGUAUACAGUCGAUUUUUAAAAUACAGUAAAACAAAUAUAUAUUAUGAUAAUAAUCUAGUGACCCCGUUCAAAACGCGUUACUGUCGGUAUCGAUCCAUCUGUCACCCAUAUUUUUGUGAAUGGAUCCUUACGUAAUUUUAUGGCUGUCUCAUGAUAACCAUUCUCAGAUACUUACUUUCUAAUAUAGAGUAUUAUGAAUCUCUGUUUCAAUUUACCACGCUCCCGCAAGUCUAGUUCCGAAAGCAAAUACAAAUAUUCGUACGUCGCGCUGUGAUUGGUUGAUACCCUUCCCACUUUUGAAGUUCUGAUCUCUAAUUGGUCACUUUUUCCUCAUAAAGUUACAGUAUCCAAUCAGGACAAUGGUUAUUGAGGCGGCGUUUUUUGAGUCUGACUUGAUUCUGCCUGAACGUUCCAAAAGAAUUCAAAUGAACAAUUCCUAAAUCAGGACCCAACAGAGUGAAAAGACCAGACUUUUUACCUUGCCUGAAUGCCAUUGGGUUAAAUGUCUCUCUAUCUGGAUCUGCUAGAUCUUUUAAGACAUCUAUUGGAAUAUUUUGGAGUACCAGCUGAUCUGUUAGUUCCAGUAUGGGAAAAUCAACUUUGUGGCCAGUACCGCAGCAUUAUUCGCAUGAUCGGAACAAAUCUUCCUUUAAGUCCCUGCCCAAGAGUCUGUUUCCAAAAAAUCUCAGAUUUACAUGCACUGCACAGCACAGAGACCACGCCAGCCGGCCGUCCUUUUGUUCCUUCUUUUGCAGAUGUACUGUGGGUGGCUGGUGAUGAGAAUGAAACCUGCGCCAUGUUAAGAGCUGACCGAAGAACGAAUUGCAUCCCAGUACCUCCUGAACAAAUCUCCAUGCUGUCACAGUCAAUUAAAAGAGUGGUAGAAAAAGAAGGAAACUCACAAACUACAGACGCAGGUGCCUUAAAGAAAAUCACGGCCCUGGAGGAUGAGUUGUCACGGUUACGUGCGCAGAUUGCCAUGAUUGUUACAAUGCAGGACCAAGGUUCUUCUAUGUCCCAGUCAGGAUUCAUGCAGCCUCCUGGUACCCCUGGGAUGUCUCUUCUUCCAGUGUUAGCAUCCACUCCUAUCUGCAUGUCUGCUCCACCUCCCCCUCCAUCCCUUCCUUUGCCACCACCACCCAGUUGUAGAACAGCUCAAGUCCUGGAUGUUGACUUAAACAGACAGCGGUGUGCUACAAACAGGUCUGGGCAGCGCAACAGGGAUAAUGUUUCUGCUCCUGACUCCGUCCCCAGUAUGUUGCACGUUUUAAGAGAUAUGAACAAGGUUCGGCUGCAAGCAGUGGAAAGGUCGCCGGGAGGCACGCCAGUUAUGAAGAAAGAUAAGAAGCGGGUAUCGAUUUCGGACCCUGCAGCACUAAUUGCUGAUGCUUUGAAGCGGAAAUUUGCACAUAGACAUAAGGAAGAUUCUUUUGACAAAGAAAACCAAUCAUUUGAGACUUCACCUUUUGGAAGUCCAGAGAUUCAUUAGAUUGAAUCUCAAGUGUUGAAGGUACCUGGGAAGCAUAUACCCUUUUUAAGAUUAGAUAAAAAGCACACAAGUCCCCUACAGUGAGUGCUGGGGCAUCUUGUUAAAUGCUGCAUGGGUAUUUUGAUUAUGAGCAGUCUAAAGACUGGUGGCUGCAACAAAUAAUGCAGCUUAUUUUUGUUAAUGUUGAAGUUUGUUGAAAAGCUUGUUUGUGCUUCUUGCUCUUUUUAAUUUAAAAUAUUUCCACAUGCUUAAAAUGCAUGUUUUUCAUUCAAGUUGGUCUUCAAUGUAUUUUCUUUUCUUUUUGGAAAUGCCCAACCAUGUCUAUUAUCAAUGUUUAUAUUUCCAUAUUUUAUAACUAGUCAAAAUUUUAUUUUUGAUAAGUAGUUGUUGCUGAUAAAUUGGGUAGAGGUUGAGGUUGCAUGUUUAGUUUUUAAUAAGUAGUUCUUGGCAUCAUUGAGUAGCAGUCACAGCAGUAUGUAUUUUUUAUAGCAUUUUUACCAUUUUAAAGCUUCUCUUAUUAAAAAAUGCAUAUCACUAUCUAUGUGCUUAUUUAUAAAGUGUAUCAUAAAAUUCACAGCUGAGUUCAAGUCCACCCAAACUAUAAGAUAAUAAAGCAAAUGGUAAAACCUGUAUGAAAUAAUAAGCAGGGUCCCUACAUCUUCACUUAAAAAAAUUGCAAGCUUUAGCUGGUGGGGUUUUUGUUUUGUCUUGUUUUUAUUUUUUUAGCAAGGGGUAUUCUUCAAAUAAACCAUAUUAAUGUGCAUUGUUGUCUAUGCUAGUGCCAUAAAAACACUAACUUUUUAUGCCCAAUAACAAAUCUUUAUCAAUAAGAAAAAAAAAAUAACAUCCUUGAUUUGUAUAAGUUGACAUUUCCAGAUGACUGAUUGCUUUGGAUCACAUAUGGUCAGCUCCCUUAUGAAAGUUAUGUUAUUGCACAGAUUAUGUUACUGGCCAAGAUCUAUUGGAAGGGGAUCAAAUCUACAGGCAGUAAGUGCCUGUAU